AGAGAGAGAGGUAGAGAGAGAAAGAGAGAGAGAUGGAUAGAUGGUUCGAAGGAAGGGAGGUGGAUGGAAAAAAGGGGGAGUUGAGGGAGCGACUAUGCACGUAGCCAGCCGCGUUAUAGAACAUUAUACAGACAGAAAGCUCUGUGUACUCCGUGGCGAAGCUUCCGGGCAAGAGCGCAAGCUCCGUACUACUUGUUGUUUACAUCCGUCCACGACGCGACAUACCACGCAUAAAGGAAACGAGCGUGUUCUAGGAACGCGCGUGGAUCGCGUUCUCUCUCUUGAAAGAGAGAGUGAGAGAGAGAGAGAGACAGAAAGAAAGAGAGAGAGAGAGAGAGAGAGAGAGAAAGAGAGAGAAAUAGAAACGAAAAGGGAGAUAGAUAGUCACUUUCGUUGCUUACUUCCUUGUUUAUUGGCUUGCUUUUUUUUUUGAGCAAAGUGAAAGAAAAGCAGACAGAGACAAAAAGAGAGAGAGAGAGAGAGAGAGAGAGAGAGGGAAAGCGGAAUUAUUUUUAUCUCGAGGUUGUUUCCUGAGCAGAAACGUUUGAAAGAAUCCAUCAUCAUCCAGACCAUCCGUCGACUUGCCCAUGGCAAGCGUCUGCAUCGUUUAAUGGACGCAUCGUCAGAGGACUACUAACGACUCUGAAGAGAUGCAACGGUGUCCAUACCUCCACGAGAUGAAAGAGCGUUUGCUCUCACAACCGACACCGACAGACAGCUUAGACAUGGAAAGACUCGACGGAGGUACUCCCGUUAAGGAGGCGAAUCUUCACAACGAUUAUCCAGCACACACGAAUCCAGGUGUUAUACCAGAUCCACCGGAAAUGCCUCCUGACUCGUUGAUCGGUACCGUCGUUAAGCUUAACUCCGAUGGUUACGGAUCUCAUACAUCGCCAGCUCACGCGAGGCAACCCUUGGUUCCACAAAAUGCGAACAAUCAACCCCUUUGCCUCACCCCAACGCACACCGGACCGUCAAAUGGCAUGUUGCCAAAGAACGCUAAAACGUCGCUCUUCAUCAUCAUGAGCUUCAUUUAUGCGAAGUUACUGGUCGUGGUGUGCAUCGCUUAUGUUAUAAGCGAAGUUGUAACGCACAAAUUGCCGCUCUACUAUUAUGAAGGAUUUUUCACGUAUCUCUAUGGUGCGAGCAUACUCUUCCUUCUCUACGUAUUCUGCUUCCUACUUCAAGAGAGCGCCUGCUGUGCGCGCGGCAGUGAUACACCGCCACCACCACCGAGGCCACCUAAACCGCCGAAGGAGCAGAAGGAUAAGAAGGACAAGAAGGAUAAAGAUCAAAAAGCUGCAAAAAAUAAGAAGGAUUUUCAGGAUGCUGCAGACGUGGAAGCUGGUGUUGCAACGCGCGCAUUGCGAAAACGAAAAACUUCUCAGAACGAUCACAGUCACGGAAGUUUUUUCCUUCGAAUCGGUGCCAUAGCAUUUGGUUUGGGUACAAUGAUCUACAAUGGAUUGGAAUUCGGAGCAUUUUUUGAGGUACCACCGACUUCACCGUGUUAUCAAAUACUUCAGGGUGUCAAUCCUGUUCUUCAAAUGAUCUUCACGUUCAUGCAAAUGUACUUCAUCUUUAUGAAUUCCAGGUUAAACAUUCAUCGAUUCAAAGUAAUUGCACGAUUUGGUUUGAUGCACGUCGUCGCUACGAAUCUUUGCGUUUGGAUAAGAACAUUGGUACUUGAGAGUCUCAAAGAAAUCACCCAGUAUCAUCAACGAUUAGGACAAGAGGAGGCCGGAAUUUUAGAGAGUAUAAAACAACAUUCGUUGAGAAACGCUGGAGCAAUCUUAGGUACAGAACCUAGAGACAUGGCCCAGUUACGGGACACGCCGUUGCAUUCGAUUGUUAAAACAACGUCGGUAGCUUCGACCUUGAUACCGACAACAGCAGAAUCUCUUACCCGAGCGAUGAGAACCACGGUCAAAGCAAUCCCAAGAGUAGCGACUACUUUAUCUACGGCAGCUUCUACGGCCUUCAUGACCUCACCAUCUGCGACACAGAGUACUACAACUACCACGACCACAACGACAACGUUUUUGCCCAAUUUGACGACUACAGCCGCUACUACGUUAUCCACUUUGUUGACUACUUUGACUACGAGAAGUACCACCACCGAAAGAACGAUUACACCGAGUACAACGCCAUCCACUACUACACCGACGACUACGACCACUACUACUACAACAACGACUACACCAGCUUCCAUUUUGUCAAAUGCUUUCGGUGAUAUCUUUGAUUCAUUUCAGGCUGACACCAAAGAUCAGGUACACGAAGUAUUUUAUGUUAGCAAUACGACGAACACAAGCGAUUACUGGAGCCAGAAUCUUGGCUUUUAUGCGGAAGCUUUGACGGAGGAUGGCACGAUAACAAACUCAUGUGGUCGCGUCAACAUCAUGGGUACUAUCGUCCAAGAUGCAGCACCCUACUUGUUUCCCUUCAUUAUCGAGUAUAGCCUGAUUGGUGCCGCUGUGAUAUACGUCAUGUGGAAACACAUCGGUAGACACCCGCGUUGGCCUCAUCAAGCGGAAGCCGAUCUCGAGCGUCGUCUGGAAGUCAUGCUUUCGAGAAGGGCAGUAGCCCUGGCACAUGCAGGACACGCCAGAGUGGACUGCGUCGGGGCAAGCAAGGGUCUAUUCUUUGGUCUGCUGCUACUGGUCGGUUCGUUGAUCUGUUUGAUACUCUUCUUCGUCCUGAUACAUCAUUCCGAGCUUGGACUUUUGGCGAUUUAUCUGGCUGACGUUUCCCACUGCGUUUUGAUGGCUCUAUCGAUCGUCGCUAUUAUCGUCGGUUUCAUACGUGUCCAAAGUCUCAAGUUCAAGGCCGAAGAACAGAGCGAUUUGAAUGACAUACUUUUACGUGUCUCGGCUUUUGGACUCUUCGUUUAUGCCGUUUUCAGUGUGAUCGCUGGUUCCUUGGCGGCAUUUACCCACGAACCGAAUCUUUUGGUGAUGGUUACUGGCCUUCUCUCGGUAGCCCAGGUUGUCCUUCAGAUGUUAUUCAUCGCCGAUGUCUCACGUAGGCGGGUACACCUACCCGAACACGAUCGCAGCAAGCCAGGACGUCAAGUGGUCACCUUCCUUCUCAUUUGCAACGUAACCAUGUGGGUCAUUUAUACCUUCGAGAUGCAAAAGGUCAUCGCUAAUCCCGUACAACUUGACUUUUAUGGAUUCCUCGCUUGGGCUAUCGUUCAGAGAGUUACAUUACCUCUCUGCAUAUUUCACAGGUUCCAUAGCGCCGUAACGCUCGCUGAAAUCUGGAAGACAAGCUACAAGGCACGUCUCGAGUAAAUAACUGAGAAAUAAAACGUUUCUCGAUGUGUCCUUAUAUUGUCAGCUAAAGAAUGAAGAAGGAGAGAGAGAUAAAGUGAAAGAGAGAGAGUGACAGAGAGACAGACAGACAGAGAGAGAAUAUUUAGAAAGAAAUUGAUAAAGAGACAGAAAAAAGAGAGAGAGAGAGAGAAACAGAG